GUGAGAAAGUGAAAGCGGCGUUUUUAUUGGCUGGCAGCUACGUCUUUGCUUUUUGUGGGCGUGUCAUAAACGAACCAAGUUUUGAGCCGCGAUGCCGAUUGGUUGGACUCGUUUUGAGAGAGAGCGAGAAGAAUAUUUUCCUGGGACAUGUGACUGGUAGAGAAGAGUUCAUUUAACAAAUGUUUAUGAACUUGGCGACUGAAGCCCCUGAGGUAAAAAUGGCUAACUGCACGAAUACUUCCGUGAAGAAGAUCUUUAGAGCCAAAAAGACUAUGAGUGCAAGUUGUCGACGACAGAUGGCCUUUAUUAAUAAUCUAAAGAACUGCACUAAAGAAGGCAUCACAGCAGAAGGACUGACCACUUUGUUAUCUACCGACAGAGUUCAGCAAUCGGACAAAAGCAGCAAAACAAACUGUCCUGAAAAAACUGAUUCUAAAUUAAGCAAAUCUUUGGAGCCUCUUAAUCAGAACCUUUUCUCUAAUGAGUUAAAAGUUUCAAUUGCGCUAUCACAGGUCGAUUUCAGAGUGAAUACUGGAGGUUCCUACGAAGAAGCAUUUAGUCCUUCUGGUGCAAGUGACAAGAACCAUGAUCAUUUUUCGUCUUCUACAGUUGCUGCUGGUGCAAGUUAUGGAUUUACAGAGCAAAAAGCUGAUACUUCAUGCCCAGAGAAAGCAUUUGCUGCAAAGCAACCCUUACAAAGUUCUCCAGUUUCUAAAGAAUUGCAGCAAGUAACAUGCUUUUCUGAAAGAAUAACAGAACAUGGCGUUUCUAAAAAUGAUCAGACUCAAAAUUCCGAGAUUGUACGGCCACCUCAUAUAAAAGAUAAGGUGGUAGUGAAAAAGAAAACUAAAGGUCCGUCAAAAAACAAAUUCAAUACAGUGCAUAAUCAGAACAUGCCUAAUGAAUCUAUCUCACAAGAUCUAUCAAAUGAUUCUUAUAUUAGUGUUGGUGCCAGCCAAAGGAAGAGAGUUCAUUCGGGAAGCAGUGACGUUUCGUGCUGCAAACGAACCAAAGCUUCAACCAAUGGCUGUUCAGAGCCAGAAAAAAUCAAUGUGACUUUGGAAAAGAUUCAAUGCCUAAUUGAAAAUCGGAUACAAAGCUUCUUCAAAGACUCUUUUGAUCAAAGAAUGGAAGAUCUUAGUCGACGUGUCAGUCUUAUUAAAUGCAUGGGAAACCAAGGGAAUGUUAUCGCUCAAUACCUUAGAAAAGCCAGAAAACUGGAAAGACGUAUUAAAUCGGUAUUGAGUGUUCAGAAAGAGGCAGCAAAACAACGCAGUAAAUCAAAUUACAUUAAAAAUGCGAAAAAAGAAGAGGUUACUACUGAUAAUGCCAAAGUAGCAUCUGAUCAGAAACUGCCAUCAAUGGAGGCAUCAAUCCCAUCCCCUAAAAAAGUUUUCGCAACAGAUUCGCUUGCAAAGAUCUCAAAUAUAUCAAAUACCAACGACAGACAAAAGACAGAAACUGAUCAUAAUAAAAGCACAAAAAAAGAAAAUUCUUCACUAUUUUCAGACAGUGUGUUGCAUUCAUCAGCGAUCUCAGACACUUUAGUUUCAGCACAGGAAACUAUCUGUCAGACGGAAUGUUGUCGAAAAAAUAGUAUAAUUGAUCUGACUGAAGAUGAAGCGGAAGAUUGCAAAGAAGCACCAGAUAUAAAAUUAGAAGAACACCACUCCUGUUCUGAUCAAAAUAUUGCAGCAUUGUCAGGCGCCGUACAAAAGCCUUUGGAAAACAAAUCUUCUGGGAUAUGUAUUGAAGCUGAGGUGCCAGAGUUAAUUCCUAUGCCUUUGCACAUGCAGUGUAAGAAAACGAAGACUGGUUCGAUAAAGUCUGAAGACCAACAUUGUAAUGAAGCACCAGAGCAAAUGUCUGUGGAUAAAUGUCCUGUUACUCCAGAUACAAGUGAAACGUUAUAUAGUAACAAAGCUUUGGGAUGCAGAGAAAGUGAAGUGGCCAAGUCAAUCACCAGCCCCUCACAUGUUCAGGCGACCUCACCAAAUUGUGAUUCUGGACCUGAGAAGCUUCAACCUCCUCAAAAGCCUGAACUGAGACUGACUCAAGUCCAAAAUCCAAAGGGAAUUGCCCUGUCUUGGACUGUUAGCAAGAUCGACCCGAACUGUGCUCCAGCUGAAAGCUACUGUUUGUAUGUCCAUAAAGUGGACCCCAGUGUUGAAAAAAUACUGUGGAAAAAGAUAGGGGAAAUAAAAGCGUUACCGCUACCAAUGGGCUGCACAUUAACUCAGUUUGAAGACGGCUCCACUUAUAUUUUCACUUUGAGGGCUAAAGAUUCUUAUGGACGUUUUGGACCCUUAUGCGACAUUCAAUCAGUUACUUUACUGCCUUCAGUAAAGGCUCCGAAUGGCCUUUUAUUCUAGUGUAGCUGUCACCAGUAUGGGCCAGUAUAUGUCAUACAUGACCCUCAUACUCGCUUUACUUUCAGUUUCUUGGAAGCAUUUUCGUCCAUGUUUCCGCCUAUGUUUCCGCCUGUUACUCUAAGCAUUGCACUUGUCCUAGAGGCUUUCUGUGAGUUGAGUGGUUUAACUUGGUAAGUUGGGGAGAGAUGUAAAACCGAGGAUCACACUAGGAAACCUCAUUGGAUUUAGCAUUCUGAUUGGAUUGGAUUUAGCAUGGCUCAAGCAUUACUGAAAAAUCACCAAACCUUUCCAGCUACUGGAUAGAAAGCCUAGUAGUGUGCUUCCUGGUCUGCUUCCAUUCAUAUUCUUUUAUAUUGAGCAUUUCAUGGUACCUGGUACUCCAGUCUGUUGGAACAAGUGAUUUAUUAUGGGGGUAAAUCACUGUAUGAAGUGCAGUAUUAUCCUGACUGAUCACAUCAUAAACACAGUAAAUAUUUAAAUAGAAAAGGGGCGGGGUUAACAAUCUAACGUAUCACAUGAUAUAUACUGACAUCCAAAGUAAACUCUCAUCCUACCGUAUGGUUGCCAUUGAUCACAUGACCCUAAAGGGGGGGACAAACCAUGGCUCUGUCCUUUAAUAAGAUGAAAUUUGGGCUCCAGCAGUAGAGUUUUGCUUCUGAGACCCUGGCAAAAAGCUUUUUUUUUUUUUUUUUUUUUUUUGCUCACAUACAUUCUUGUGUAAACACGCAGCAUCGUAGUAACACAAAUGAAUAUUUUUAUAGAUUUUAAGCACUUACAAGCCACCGAUUUCCAAUAGUCAUUUAAUGAAUUUUUUUCUUACUUUUUUAAAACUCUUUGGCACAUCUAAACCAGAGAAACCUCAAAUAUACUAUUAUAUACAGAACCUGCUACCUGUGUAUUAAUACACCUCUUGUAAUUACUCACUCUUCUCUGGGGAAUAAAGUGGGUAGAAAUGUAAGUAUUAUCUUUACGCCCUAUACCUCCCUUACAGUACUGAACUGCAUGCAGCAUCUAUGUCAAAAGUGACCUUUUUUUUAACGAAAAUUUUGUAUGUUUCUAACAGAAUCUGAUGGACAAGCUUCAAAUCCACUAGUUACUCAGCUUCAGCCGCAUCGAUGGUUACAAGUAACCCAUGCUGGUGUAGUUCUAGGCUUGUUAAAGGGGUGGUUCAACUUUAAGUUAACGUUUAGUAGGGAUGCACCGAAUCCACUAUUUUGGAUUCGGCCGAACCCCCCAAUCCUUUGCGAAAGAUUCGGCCGAAUACCGAACCAAAUCCG